AUAUCUAAAAUCCAACGAAUUCCAAGUUCCAAUUAACGUAUUAAAUUUUCUAUCAUUACAUGUAUAAUCAGUGUAAUAUAUAUUUUACGAUGGACAGUUUUUGAUUGAUUAUAAGAGCAAAGCACCAACCUUAGUUUCCAAUUUACGUAGCCAAGUAUCCGACCAAUGAGACUAAAAUCCAGAAUAUACGAGAAGAUAUACACGUAUAAAGAAAAUAUAUGAUAAAUAUUCGAUGGUGUUCAUUAUUUCUACAUUCCUGAUUGGUUGUCAUGAAUCAGAGCACAACCAAUCAGAGAAAGUACUAACAAUAACUGUGAUAUUUUGAACGGCGUCAACUUCAGUUGCUCUGACGACAUACAAAUGAGCUGUACAGUAACGUAUCGGUGGCAAAAGAAUUUUAUAAAUGAGAAACAUCCUUGAACCAGAGCACAUCAAAUUAUAAUUCUUCCAGUAGCUUCCAAGAGAAAAAAAUCAAAUUUUUUAAUUUCAAGAAUUUAUAAGAAUGGCACCAUCAAAAAUUUUAAAUGUGCAAAAUAAACAAAGUAAUACUAAUGUAAUAAGAAAAGGAAUAACUACAAGAAGUCAAAAUUCUGCAUUAAAUAAUGUUUUACUUAAAGCACCUGCUAAUGGUAAAGAAUCUCGUGUGAAAAGGAAAGCAGAAGCAUCACCACCAAAGGAAAAAACAACAAAAAGAUCUGCAUUGGGAAAUAUUACCAAUGCAAUUGGAAAAACAUUGGGUACACAUCAAACACAAGAACCAAAGAAAGCAGUAAAAAAAACAACAGUUACUCAAAUAAAAUCCUUCACUCAGACAAGUUCCAUUAGAACGCUUGAAAAAGGUGUAAUUAAACCAGAGGUAAUACCUCAGAAACCAAAGCCAGUGCCUCGUGUAAAACCGAUAAAAAAGGACGAAGAAAAAACUGAAAUACCUAGUAAAAUUUUAAAUGUUAGACGUAGUUUAGAUUUAGAAAAAUCAGAGGACAGUUCUUUGUAUGUAAGUGCAUUAGAAGAAAUAACAGAUGAUAGUACAAAGAAGUCCAGAAGAAGUAAUAUUCAGACUGAGGAACCUGAAAAAACAGAAGUAGAAAAUGAAUCAAAUGAGCCUCAAGUACCUGCAAAAACUCAAGAAAGGUCAGCAGCUCAAUUAGAUGCUGCUCCUGAGCAAAUAUUGCCAGAAGGAGUUCAGUGGGAUUUUGAUGCAGAAAAUUGGUUAGAUCCAUUUCAAGUCUCUCAUUAUGCCAUGGACAUUUUCAAUUACUUAAAAAGUAGAGAACAUUUAUUUCCUAUUGGAGAUUAUAUGGAAAGACAAGUAUGUCUUUCGCCAUGGAUGAGAGCUUUACUAGUUGAUUGGAUGGUAGAAGUUCAAGAAUCUUUUGAACUCAAUCAUGAAACUUUAUAUUUGGCUGUGAAAUUAGUUGAUCUAUAUUUGACAAAAGUAACUGUUGUAAAAGAAACAUUACAAUUAUUAGGUGCUGCAAGUCUUUUCAUAGCAAGUAAAUAUGAUGAAAGAAUUCCUCCAAUGGUGGAAGAUUUUUUGUAUAUAUGUGAUGGUGCUUAUAAGCAAAGAGCAUUAAUUAGAAUGGAAAUGAGUAUAUUAAAAGUAGUUGAUUUUGAUCUUGGCAUACCUCUCUCUUAUCGAUUUCUUAGACGAUAUGCUAGGUGUGCAAAAGUUUCAAUGCCAACAUUAACUUUAGCUCGAUAUAUUUUGGAGUAUUCGUUAAUGGAUUACUCGACGAUAAGGAUUAGUGAUAGUAAAAUAGCUGCAGCUGCACUUUUACUUGCAUUACGAAUGAAAGAUUUAGGAGGGUGGACUUCAACUCUAGAGUAUUAUAGUGGAUAUAAAGUUGAUGACAUACGAGAUAUCGUACAUCUUUUAAACCAAGGAUUACAUCGAAAAGAAACUCUUACUACUGUACGUAAUAAGUACAGUCAUAAGAUAUUUUUUGAAGUAGCAAAGCUGCCAUUAAAAGAUACUUUAGAUAUAUAAAUAAUUUAAGUAAGGAAAUAUAGUUGACAGUAUGCAAGAUUGCCUAAUCAUUGAUAGGUAGUCUGUAAUAAAAUUUGUGAAGAAUUAAAAUGAUCACUGAGCGUUAAUUUAUAAAUCAAGAUAACUGUUAAUUUAUGUCAUAAUGAAAUCAUAAUAAGUAAAUCUUUAAAUUAUCUAUUAUCUAUGCACCACAAAAAAUCAAACGACUGUGAAGCUCAGUUUGAAUUUAAUAUAUAUCCAAGAGGACCGAAAAAUAUUAUAAUUUUUUUUCUCUUUUUCUUUUUUCUUUUUUUUUCUUUUUUUAAUUAUUUAUACAACAUUAGUAAUCUCUAUCUACAACAGUAUUUGUAAGUUAAUUUUUUUUUUUUUUUUUUUUUUUGUUGAAAAUUUAUUUUAGCGUCACAUUUUUAUAUUCUAUAAAAAUUCUCAUAAAAAAAAUUAAUAUCGUCAAAAUAGUUUUAUGCAUGUAAAGAUUAAAAAUGAAUCUUUUACUCAUAAUUUUUUACUUAUAUAUAAUGCUAUUAUAUGAUGCCUUUGAUUCAAUGAAUACGUACAUACAAAUAUCAAUAAAUGAAAUUAAUGAAUUAUGCGGCGCUCAUAUUUUAAUGAGUCGUAUAGGUUGUGGCGUAUUGUUAUGCAUUGUUAUUGCAUUUUAUAGACUGAUAAAUUGUAUGCUCCUAAGGAUAGUUACAUACCGAUGAAUAUAAUACGUUUUUGCUCAUUACACAGUAUAAAAUUAAUAAUAUUAAAAAAAGAUUAUUUCUUUCUUAUAAAAAUUAAACAAAUUUAAAUAUUUUAUCAACAAAUUGCAUGAAAUUAAUAAGUUUAAAUAUAUAAAUAUAUAUAUGUAAUUUAUAGAAGAAUUAAUUUUUCAUUACAUGUCAUUAUAUAUGACAUCAUAUUUAUUCAUUAUCUUAAUUAGUUGCAUACAAUACAAGUAUAAUGAAGUGAUCUAUUUUUUUGAACUUUACUCGUGUCAUAGUAACUACUUGUGCCUAUUAAUAAAUAUGGCAUUUUUUUUAUAUAUAUAUAUAUAUACAUAAAUAUACAUAUAUAUAUAUAUAUACAAAAUACCACCUGUGAUAUAAAUAUAUUCAAAUAUUUGGUAUAAUCAAACUCGUCAAAAUUUUCUCAUAAACAAUAUUUAUACAAGUUACAUUACCUAGCAAUUAGAAAAGGAUUAUUAUCUAGAACUUUUCUUAGAAAAAUAUGUUAUGUCAAGAGAGUAAUUGUACAUAUAGAUCACAAUUAUCGAUGUGUACAUAUUUUUAACAAUUAUUAGGUCAAAUUUAAAGCGAUUCCUUUACAAUAAAAAUUUAUCAUAUAGAAAUAUUGUACGGUUCUAGGACUUAUUGAAAUUAGGUGGUGUACAUAAUAUCAUUAUAUUUUUGUACCAGCAAUAAAUGUAUUAUUAUCUAUUAUUUUGUAAGAUGUGUGUAUGUGAACCAUUGUAAACAAAAUGUAAUUUAAUAAAAUCAAAAAAGAUUUUUAAUUUUUUGUA